AUGAGUGCGUACGCGCGGGAGGGCAGCCCAUAUGGGUACGAGUCCAACAGGAUGUCACCCCCAGCUCUCAGUCCUCGCGGCAAGACACUUGUCGAAGGUUAUCGCAGCGACAUAAUGAACAACUUCGAGAAGGACCAUGCUUUGUAUAAUCCGAUGAACCCUGAUCGACCACAAAGUUCCGCGCUCGUCGACCUCAAAGACCCAAUUCAAGUCCAUCUCCUCACCGAAACUGCCCUCUCCGACAGCAGGGAAUUCGAAAUCUUGUCGCAAGAAGAAGUGGACGAUCUCAAAAAGCAGAGCCAGUCCCUGUCGCAGCGCGUCGAGUCGACGCGGCAGAACUUGACCAUUCAGUCCAAAUACCGAGAUGCGGCGAUUUCCAUGGCAAGGCUAUAUAAUCCUCCAAAAUCGGAUGGCAGGCGAAGGAGUUUGCUAGGUCGUAAUAGUGGUGACCACACCCAAGCAAAGAACGCCGAGGCUGAAAGACAGGCAAGCGAACGGAAAUGCGAGGAACUGGCUGCGGAACUCUUCAACCUCGAGAAGCGGCUUAUGGAGCCCCAGCGACGCCUCCUAGAGCACACUGCUGGUAUUCUCCAACUCACUCACAAGGCAUCGAAUAAGAAGAAGGAUGCGACCACGCCGCUUCAACCACUCAACGGUAUGCCUGGAAGCCCAGAAAGCUUAUACACGUAUACUCGCAAUAGCAUGGACCGCCACGGAGACGAUAUCUACUUGACCGACAAUGACUUCCACGAUCAAGCCAAUAAGGUCUCGACCAGGGGACAGCCUCGCCAACAACCUAUCGAGAUACCUCUCAAAUCGCCAAUCAGAGAACAAAACAGCCAGCUUAAAGAUGAGAUGGAGAAGAUGAAAGAUGAAAAUCUACACCUACAAGGACAAACGAAUUCACUGGUCCAGUCAAUAACAGAGAUGGAGGCCCGGCUCGAAAACCUGAAUGGUUCGCUAAGAGACGCUAUUGUUCGCUUCAAUCCCUCAAAGAAUGAAGAUUACUACGACCCUCCAUUUGGAGUUCCAGGCAUGAAGCCCGGAGAGCUUCUCAACAACCAGAUGGAUUAUCUCGAAAUGGGUCUGAAUGCUAUCGAGGUGGAACAAGAGUCGUCCGGUGAACCUGGCAAGGUUGAUAGCUCCAUCGAGAAGCGCAUCGAAUCUUUGAACCAACAAGUUCGAGACCUGCUCUUGACGGUGGAUCCUGACUACCCGGUCGCACCUCAAUCUUCGCAAGACAGCCUUGACUCGAAGCUUGACUAUCUCGAAGACGCAUUACGCGCUGCCGAUUCGGAGUUGGAACGCGCUGUACAGGUGGCUCAGGCAGGUCCACCAGAGAAGCAAGAUGGCGAACAGGUGGAGAGAAUAUUGAUGAACCUGUGGAACAUGAUGCAAACCGGUUUCUCCAAGAUCAAGAAAGAGAAGGAAGAACGAAGAAGAGCUCGCAUGGACAGGGGUUACGAGGACGAAGAGAUUUCCGACGACGAAUUCGAUAUCGACGAGGCCUUCAGUCUUCCUGGUUUCUCCAAUCGCGUCCAGUGGCUGUACUCUCAAGCCACUACGCUCAAGAACCAGAAGUCGGUAUUGCAACGGCAGAUUAAGCAACAACGCGAGCUCAACAACAAGUCAGACGCCGAGAAGGACGAAGAACUGGCCAGGAAGCAGGAAGAGUUGGAUGAGACACAAAUACUGUUGGCUCGAGCUGAGAGAGAUGCUAUGACUGCUCAGACUAUGCUCACAGAGACUCUGGAGGAACUGGAAGGCAACCGCAAUGUUGCGAACAACAUUGGUUCAUCGAGAGGCGAACCCGAGGGAAGCGCCAAGAUGAUCAACGAGCUGGAGGCUGAUGUGAAACGUCUCCAAUCUGACCUGGCCGGCGCGGCGGGUGCGGCGGGUGCAGCACACGCACAAGUCGAGGAACGCGAGGAGAAGAUUGCCAUGCUUGAGAAGGAUCUUGAGCAGCUCAGAUCUGAUCUUUCCGGUGCGGCCGCUGCUGCGGCUUCCGCACAAUCUCAGCUACAGGAUCGCGAGAGCAAGAUCACCGCCCUGGAAGUAGAAUUGGAUCACCUUGAGACGGCUCAGGGUGAGAUUGAGGAGCGCAAUAAGAGAAUUGCUGCACUUCAUGCUGAGCUUGAACAGGCUAACACCGUCCAUACUCAGGUUGAAGAGCGCGAUGCCAAGAUUGCCACCCUCCACACCGAGCUUCAAGAGGCCAAUACCCUUCGAGACCAGGUUGAGGUGCAUAGUGCUACGAUCGCUACCCUCAAAACUGAGUUGGAAAAGACAACCGAUAUUGAAGCUCGUCUUGAGGAGCGGAAUGCUAAGGUCGCCCGUCUCGAGUCCGACAUGGAACUCGUUCAGGCAGAUCUCGCAGGUGCUGCUGGAGCGGCUGGGGCCGCUCAAGGUCAGCUUGAGGAACGAAACAAUAAGAUCGCGUCUCUCGAGGCUGAGAUUAAACAACUCGAGGACAGAUUGGUCGCUGCCGAGUCCUCCAGUGACAAUACCCGUAAUCAGUUGACUGGUGUUGAUUCGGUGAUCGAUGCUCUCACUGCGCAACUCGAUGAGGUAAACCGAUCUAGGGAAUCGGCGGAAAAUAAUGCCAGGUCACUGCAGCAGAAGGUUGAUGGUCAGAAGGAGGAGCUAUUAAAUAAGAAGAAGAUGCUCAAGGAGAAGGAAGAUGAGCUUGACCUUCUCAACAUGAACAUGGUGGAGAUGAAGACGGAACUCACCAUCGCCCAGGCAGAACUAGACGGUGCUUAUGGAACCCGUGCGGAGAGGGCUGCCGACGUGGCAGCUAUCAAGACCAGCGGCGAGGUGAUGAAGCUUCAGAACCACGUCACAAAGCUAAAGAAGGAGCUCGCCGGAACCGUCCAGGAGUUGGAGGAUGUCACACGGGAGACCCUUGCCGCUGAACGCGAGAAGAUUGAGCUUGAGAACAAGCUUCAGGAUGUUCAAGCGUCCAAGAGAAGUGUUGAGGGAGAGGUGACGAAGCUGCGCCAGAGACUUGAGGCAGACAUGGAGAAGGCCCGGGAGCAUAUCACUCAACUCCAGGAAGAGCUUGAUGGCGAGCGUCUCAAGGCAAUCCCACCGAAUGGGGGUGUCGGUAGGGGCGCCUCUAUGCUGAGCGAGCAGUUCAGGGCCACCAUGCGUGAAGAAAGGAAGAAGUUCCAAGAGAACAUUAAGGAGGAGCGUGCUCGCACAAGGCAGCUUGAAGAGGAGCUUGCCAAACUUAAGCAAAAUGGGGUGGCACCGGGCAAACUACCCCUGAGCCCUCAAUGA